AUGCUUGGUGCUAAAAUUGCUUCUGUUCCUUUAGCUGCCCAUUUCAUGCUGAGUAAGGACCCUUAUUCUAAUGUUAUUGGCUCUGUGAUGUAUCUUAUGGUUAGUACUAGGCCUGAUAUGGCCUAUGUUGUUUCUUGCUUAGGUAGAUACAUGGCUAACCCGGGUCCUGUGCAUUGGGAAGCUCUUAAAUGGUUGCUUAGAUAUUUGAAAAAUACUUCCAUGUAUGGUCUCUGUUUUUCUAAGCAUGAUCAAGGUGUUGAGCUGUGUGGUUUUGUGAAUUCUAACUAUGCUAAUGAUAAGGAUAAGAGGAAGUCAACUACUUCCUAUGCUAUGAUGAAGCAACAGCUGACUAAGGCUCUCCUCAUGUGCUCUCAAUAG